GAUCCUGCUUCCCAACCCUGCUCCUCAGCAGCCACCCAAGGGUGCGCUGAGCUGAGCUGGGUCUCUGCUCCAGGGCACUGCAGUGACCGAUGCAGCAUCAAGCUCUUAAUGGGAUUUUGGGGGACGCGUGUUCUAUGUGGUCCUGUUUAACUAUCCCUUCCCUCUGGGAUCUGCAGGCUUAACAUGCCUUGCUCUCCAGCCUGAGCUCGCCAUGGAAAGCCAGUGGAACAGCAGCUGCCCCCUCCCAUACAUCAGCAGCAGGGAUUUGUUGCUCCCUCUUUGGGAAAGCCUCAGCACUUGUCCUUGGCCUUGGGGUGCCCUCACAUGGCCCCCCUCAACUCAGAGCUGCCCCGAGGCUUGGGCACAGGGCUUUCACCUCACUGGGGGGAGCAGCCCCCCUGCUUUAGGGGUGCAUCCACUUCCUAAGGGCACCACAUAGCCUCUGGGACACAAGCCAUGGGCAGGCAGGUCCCCAGCUCUGCCCAUCACCCUGCCCUGGCUGGAGGGUGCUGCCUGCACCAGGAGCCUGCAGCCCGAGGUGGGGCAUGUGGGGACCCAGCUUCCCUGUGCCACAAGCAUGUUCCCCCCUCAGUUCUCCUUGGCACAAGCCCACGCAUGACAUCCCCCUUGCCCCAUCGGUGGCUUCCUGUCCUCAUCCCAGACCUGUUCCCGGGCAGCGAGCCCCUCAUUCCCCCCAGUCACCCCGGUUGCUCGCUCGUGUGCAUGUCCCCCCCGUGCCACCCUGCUCCCACCUUCACCAUGUGCCUUCUGGUCUCUCCCACCACGCAGGCGCCGUGCCGGACUCCUGCCCCAUUAACAUUGAGGAAUAGGCCCAGAGGCAGCCAACAACAACGUGCGGCUGCAGCAGGCGCCCCGGCCCCGCUGCCCCCCCGGCCCCCAGGACCUGGAGCAGGCAGCGGCCACCCCUGUGUGAGGGCUCAGCCUCAGCCGGGGCACACGCACCCCCUGUGCAUGCAGAGGGCUCCGGGCACCGCCGGCAUCGCCACCUCCCUCCCCGGCUGUGGCGGGACUGCUUUUCCAAAGAGAAGAUGGUAACGGGGGCUUUUCCUGCCCGGCUCCGCUGUGCAGAGGGGGGCCGAGAACCGCAUCACUUCAGAGCCCCCCCAUCAGCACCUUCCCAUCCUCCAGCCCUGAUGGGGAUGGGCUGGGGUCCCCUCCUGCCCCCAGCCAUCUCACACCCAUCCCCAGGCCUCUCUCCUCCAGUGUGCAGAGCACAUGGGAUGGGGUCACCCCACAAAGGGGGUCCUGGGACACUGUCAGAGGUGGAUGAUGCCCAGGGGUGCAGGUUAAGGAUGAAUGUUGGCAUUGGCAUCCUCAGUACACAAGCCAGUGACCUUCAUGGGGGGCUGGCACCCCCCCAGGUUUGCUGACCCCAUGCUGUGGGAUUGUCCCCAUUGUGCACUGGUGGUGAUGGUGCCCCUGGAGCUCCCCGUCCCUCUGCUCUCCACCCUGGGCACGUGGGCUCUUGGGCCUGUCCCAGGAGGUUGCUUUUCCCCAGGGGAUGGAGCGGGGUGGACAGGGGACCUGGGACAC